GGAACAUACAACCCUGACUCCUAUGUGAGAAGCGAACGCAUGGAUUUACUGAGAGAAAACUCUGAAUCAGAGGAUUUAUUUAAGCCACAGUUGAAGAAAAGGCCACUCGGACAAUUGGAAAAGGAGAGAUGGAAGGAGGAGAAGAAGAGUUAAAGUGCAGAGCUCAGUAAAGGGGGGUGAACCGGCUGAGAGCCAACUGGAUUUGGAGGAUUCUGGCAAAGUCCAACUGUGGCGUUUCUAAGGGAACGAUAAUGCCGCUACGUUCACAGAGCACAAGCGAAACUUACUGGAAGCUUGUCGCUGCAUUGAGAGGAUGAAACUGCCAUCGGUGGAGCACAAAAAACAGGUAAAAGUCACCUACAGUAAUGGGGGCCGGCUAACCAAUGGAGGAUCACAUGGCCUCAACAGAGACGAUGGGUACUGGAAGCAGCUCUGUUACCGUGGCAACUGACUCUUUGGCAACUGACCCGGACCUGUGGGUUCGCCGCAACAGAGUGAAGGUCCUGGAGCAGAAAGCGGGUUCAACCAUCCAGUCUGAAAGCCAGCUGCGCAACAGAUAGUUAAAGAGGAACCUGCUGGUGCAGCUCUAUCAGCUAGCCUCUGCCUCCCACAUCCCCAGCAUGCAAUACUCCCAGAGGCUGGACCAAAGACUCCACGUGCUCAGGGAGGAGGUCAGAACCAUGACUCAGGAGAGGGAGCGAGGAGAGCGGGUCUGGAGGGAGCGACUGCAACGCUGUCAAAGGCAGCUAAAGGCCAAAGAGGAGGAGAUGAGUCGCCAGUCCCAGUACUUUGAGAACUUUAAAGCCCAACUCCAACACAAGCUCAGCCUGACGCGGGGCAGAGAGCAGAGCCUACAGAACCGCAUCUACACCUUGGAAAAGCAGCUGCUUGACAUGAAUGUGAGUGCCGCCACUGGCAUGGCGUGGAUCAGUGCGGUCAGGAUUACUGCCGGGACCUUGACACCCAGGGAGAAGCAAGAGAAGCUAACUUCUAUGAGAGGAGAGGGUGAAGGAGAAGAGGAGAAAAAGGAGGAGAGGAUGAAGCAAUGGCAGCCAAGUGUGUUAACUGAAAGAGAAGGAGGACUAGCGGGUGAUGAGAAAAAAGUAGAAGGGCAGAGCUCAAAUGAAUCAAGGCUGCAAGGUUUCAUCUUGAGCCUGCAGGAGGAUCUCAGGGUGCUGCUGGAGAGAGGGGCGGAGGGGAUGACUGAGCGGAGGGGACUGAUGGAGCAGCUCCACGAGGCCCAGGAGAACAGCCACUUUCUGGGUUGUAAAGUGGAGGAGAUGAGGGCAGAGGUGCACCAGCUGAAGCUGUCUGAAAGCUCACUGAUGGAGGAGCUUGAAGAGCUGAGAGAGGAGAACGUCAGCCUCCAGCCGAUCCUCAGGGAAGCAGCAAACCAAACACCCAGUCAGUCGUCGACAGUCAUUGAGCCCGCCCGCCCGAUCCCUGGGACGAGCUCGCCCAGCUGCAGUUCCGCUGUUUGUCCAGGCCCCUCCAACUGUCAGUCAUAUAACUCCACCGUGGGACUGUCCUCUGUGGGGAGCUCUGGAGAGGUCCAGCCAACCUUGAAACGGGGAAUAGAUCAGUCACAUUCGUCUGCAGUUCCACAGGAUCACCACCAGGUAGCAGCAGAUAGAGCACAGAACAGAUCAGACUGUGGCUCAAAGCACAACCUCAGUUUCCAGCCACUUACACUGACCACAGAGACAAUAGAUGAGUGUAAACUGGAGACCUGGUUCUCCCGAGGGCUCCUUAACCUGGAGGAAAGCCCCAGUGAGGAAUCGGAUGCCCUGAGGGAAGCAUAUAAGAGCUUGGGGUUAGGGGAAGAACUCAAGGCCCUCAGAGAACAACGUGACCGCCUGCAGGCCACCCUGCAGCACACACAGGAACAACUGGAGGUGGUGGCUCAGGAGAAUACGCAACUACAUUUACAACUCAGGAAACAGGCAGUGGAACUUGGUGCAGUGCAGGGGUCUUCAAGAGAAAAGAUCAAGUCCUCUCCUGCCCAGGAUAACCACAUUGUCACCCUCGCCCAGGAUGAUCUUGUCCACGCCCUCAAUCAGGAGAACCAGGCCUUGUCUGACCGGAUCCAGGAGCUGCUGGCUCACAUUGAGCUCAGAGAGGCGGAGAUAAAGACGGAGGAGGGUCAGCUGAGGGAUCAUGCCUCCAGGUUAGAGGAGGAACGAGCCAGGCAGGAGCAGGAGAACCAGGAGCAAGGUUCUUUGAUCACAGAGCUCACCAUGAAGACUGAGGAUGAUCUCAACACAAUCAUGGAGCUUCAGCAAAAGUUAGAAGAUUGUGGAAAACAGAACAACCUCGAGGAACGUGUGGACAGUUUGGUGGAAAGUGUGCUAAAAGAGGAAGAACCACGUUUAAUGUCCAGCCAACAACUACAGGAUUCUAUAACAGCUUCAGCACCUGGAUCUCAACAUAACAAUCACCAUGAGCCGUUGCAGAACAGCCAACAAAACACUUUGCCUGUUAGUUCACUGAAUGAUCAAGUGGACCAACUGACCAAGACAGUCCAGAGCCUCAGAGCGGAACAAGUCGAACUGACGGGCAACAUACGUUCUCUCCGAGAGCAGCAAGGAGAAGUAACUCUGUCAGUGCAAACGCAGACAGAAGAGAAGCAGCAGUUAACUCGGACAGUUUGGGGACUGAAGGAGGAGAAAGACUGCAUCUCUCAAUGUCUUGCUGGUCUGAGACAAGAGAGAGAGCAGCUCACCAGGACAGUCUGCGGGCUGAAAGAUAAGCAAGAUCAUUUUAUUAGGUCCAUGAGUGGCCUGAAAGAGGAGAAAGAGCAGCUAACCACAUCUCUGUCUGGUCUCGAAAGAGAAAAAGAGGCACUGACAGAACAUCUUUCUAGCGGAAAAGAAGAGCGAGAUCAAAUCAUGCAAUCCCUCCAAAGUUUACAGACAGAGAGAGACCAGUUAAGCGGAGCGGUGCUCGAUUUGAAAGAGGAGAGAGACGAACUGACCAUUUCACUUAAGUGUCUGACAGGACAGAGAGACCAGGAGCAAUCACCUCACACUUUACAAGAUGACCGGGACACGUUGAUACAGUCACUCAGCAGUUUGAGAGACGAAAAAGUACGAGCUGAACGUUCAAUCACUGGUUUGAAACAUGAGGAGAAGCAAAUGCUGCUCUUAAUUCAGGGCCUAAGAGAGGAAAGACGCGACCUGCAAUCUGCUCUCCCCAGCCAAACACAAACACAGGAAAGGAAUCCGAGGCAGCAGCUGUUAAAUCCAACCAGUGCUGAUCCAGUAAAGAAGACUGACACAGGAGAUUAUGCUACACAAAUAAGUCAGAGUGAUAACCACAGAGGAAACUCUAUACAGGAGCAAAGUGAUCUGCUGAGGGAGAUUGAAGCUUUGGGAGAACAACUAAAGAGGUCAAAAGAGGAACUGGACAAGAGCCACGUAGGAACACAGAAGUUGCACCGUGACUUGUGUCAGUCAGAAGCCCGGAGGGAGGAGGCAGAGAGGACGGCAGCCCGAGCAGCUGAAAAGGUGAUGAGACUGACAGAUGUAGCCAGUCAGAUGGAAGAAACCAGGAUGGAAAACGACAACCUCAACACACGGGUGAAAGAGCUGCAGAGCAGACUGACAGGCCUGAUCGGGGAGAAGACUGAUGCUGUGUCACUAAAGACACAGGUAGAAAAACAAUACAACAUCCUCACAGCUCAGCUCAAAGCUAAGACGGUGGCUCUUGAGGAGCUGAACUGCGAGUAUAUCGCUUUGAAACGAGGGCGGGGCAGCAAGGAUGAUCUGAGUGCCAAUCUCAUAUCAGUCCGAACGCGGUACAACGACAUCAGAGCAAAGUAUGAUGCGCUCUUGAAAAAGAGGAGCCAGACAGAUCUGGAUGUUACUCCUCUAAAGGCCAAGCUGUCCUGUCUGGUGGUGAAGUGUCAGGAGAGGAACAACCUCUUAGUUCAGAUGAUGAAAGUCAUGCGCAGACAAGGGUGUGUGGACUCCACACUCAAACAGCAGGUCGAGCAGCUGCUGAGUGACGCCGCGCUGCAGGACUACACCGCUGCAUUCACACCAGGAAUCAUCACAAACACGGGGGAUUACAGCGCUGGGUUUAUACAAAGAUUUAUUUCAAACUUCCAAGACUACACCAGUGGAUUCACACCUGAUCAGACCUGUCCAGCUGUAUUCACACCUGCAAAACUGCAAACAAAAAGUGGAUUCACAACUGAAUCAGGAGUAAAAGGCAGAGACUCAAUAAGUGAGAGACACGUUUCUAUAUCCGCUGCUGAAUCCUCAACAAAUCUUCAAGUCACUUCUGCAGCGACAGCAACACUGAAGAGAAAUGACAACUCGCCUGCGCCAACCGCACCCCCAGCACUUACAGAGAGUUUGAUCACCAAAGCUUCACAGAUGAUUCUGUCUGCUAGUGGACCAAUCCAAGCAACCAGUGGUCCAGAAAAAUUUCGAUUUCAUCAGACAGAUGUGAAAGGGAAGCCCUCCCCAGAUCUGACCAGUCCAACCGGAUCCUCACCCGCUCCCCUCUCCUCCAGCACAUGUGUGAGUCCGAGCAGGAGGCUGAGUAGCCCUGAGAAGAUCAUCAACCUGCAUGAGCAACUGCAGAAAACUCUGAUGAGCAGCUAUCAGGCUCCGGUUGGCAGAGGAAGGACGGAGGAGCCCAGGAAAAGUCUCUCAUUUUCAGCACCUGCAGACCUGAACCUGACCUGUCAGAUAAACAAGCAGAGCCUCAGUUUUAAUAAACCGCAUCCCAACUCUCUGCCAGUCACCGUGGCUUCAAGCCAAGCUAAUCCUGCCGCCACUGAUAAGUCAACAACGCUUUUCAAUGCAGUCGCCUCUAGAUCUGCUAAUGUGACAUUUAGCCCCAACAUCUUUACACACCAUUCCUUAAAAGCAGACACAUCUAAAACAACAACGUCUGCCCCUAGCUCAUCCAACAAAGCCAAAUCCACCUCAGACAGUGGCACUAAUACCACAGUAUCCCCAGAAAUGACAACGAAACUCACUGCUAUCUCAAAUAUAUCUAAUGCAAUACACACAGCUUCAACUCCUUUAACUCUGGGGACCAAUAACUUUGACUCUAAUGUCUCAAUAUGUUCUGACACUAAUCCCAAAAGCACUGCCUCAAAGAGGACUGCUCCUGGAAAAUCAACUGCCCCCAAAUUCAAUAUGUUUAAUGGUGCUGCCCCUGCACAUAGUGGACUUGGACUCACUGCAUCCUGGACUCAGUCUGGACAUUGUUCUCCAGAUGGAUCCAACAAGUCUGCCAGAAAGUCCACUGCUGCUCUAGAUAAGACGAAGUCAGCAAGACCCAGACCAGAGGCUCCAGCAGAGGUGCGCUCCGUUGAGGUCAUCAAGACAGUGGGCCAGAGCAGCCUCAUGAUUGGCUGGGAGAGGCCACCACUCGACGAGCUGGGCUGCAGUAGCGGAACGUUUGUGUACGGAUACAGGGUCUUUAUAGACGGGGACUUCCACAAAUCUGUCAUGAGCUCAGCGUGCACCAAGUGUAUUGUGGAGAAUAUCGACCUGAGCGUCCCGGUCCACAUCAGUGUCCAAACACUGGGAUCUAAUGGUCUGAGUUCAAACAGUGUCCACACCAUUUACAGGACCUCGGGCAGGACAGACCAACGCUGACUGCCUGCAACAUCUCACACAUUAAGACAACUUCUCAGUGAAAUUCUUCCUGAUCGGGGUCCAAGGUGUGAAUGAGCACAGCCAGCUAUAGCUGCAGCCCUCUGUGGACCUGUCCUGACCUCCACCUCAGCUGAGACACCGUCACACUGCUGAGAUACCCGCUCCACGUGAGGCUCAAGUCAACCUAUCAGAACAACUCACACCACACAGUCUUUACCUAUGAGCGCGUAGAGACCUGUGGCCUGCCACUAAGCCUCAAAAUGAUCAACUGAAGAUGUCAAACUAAAUACAGCAUAUGAUUCCUGCCUCUGCACAGAGAGUUAAUCUGUGUGUAAAAGCAGGUGGAGAUUGGCUCCAUCCUUUUCUCCUUGUUGGAAGACCUUCCUGUUUCCCUGCUGGAUUCACCUCCUUGAUGGAUCAAACAUUGUGACUGCCGGUGAAAGGCCAGAGUUGCUGCCAUUUAAAGCAAAUGUUUCUAAAUCAAAGUUCAACUGUACUGUCAAAAGCUGCCUGUGAUACCUACAUUUACAAACACCGGAGGAACAUCUGCUUCUGCUGCACAUUUUUUUACACUGUGUUCAACUGUGACAGAUCAUGUGUCAGAUACUGUAGCUUCAUUGAAGAUUCUGCCCCACUGCUGCCUCUCUGGACGGGCUGGACGGACAUUCACUGUCUUUUUUAAAGCAACACUUACUGUGUAAUGUGCCGACUCAACAUUGUACCGAUGGUCAAAUUACUUGAUUUUUACACAUGAAGCCAAAUAUGACAAAACACGAUUCACUCCAAAGACUCAUGUGUUUCAUUCUCCUCAUAGGUCUACGGGAUUUCUUUAAGAACUGAAGCCAGAUGUCGUUUUACCUCUAAAAUUUGCACAUAAUCAUUAAUUAGAAAAAAAAAAAACACUGAUUACACUGAUAUUUUUUGUAGAGAAUAUUAUAAAAAGUAUAUGCCAAUGGUGUAUAUAAAAUGAUAUACCACAUAUGUGUUUAUUUUAUGAGGAACACUGUUUUUCACACCUAAUCAAUGUCAUGUUUGCACGCUCAUAUUGAUUUUUGUAUUUUACAAAGUUCACUACACACACGUGAUGCUCUUUUGCUACUUAAUCUAGGUACGAUUGUGGAGUGACGAUGGUGCAGCAAAUGUAUUUUUCUAUCAGUAACUGAUAAUAUUGAUUUCCCAUUGAUUCCGUAUUACUGUACAGAGAAUAAAUGUUUAUAUGAUAUAAACUGUCA